AUGACGGAUUGCUCCCUCUCCCGCCCCCACGCCUUCUCCCUCCUUGCCCACGUGCACCACGCCUUCUCUCUCCUUGCCCACGUGCGCCACGCCUUCUCUCUCCUUGCCCACGUGCGCCACGCCUUCUCUCUCCUUGCCCAUGUGCGCCACGCCUUCUCUCUCCUUGCCCACGUGCGCCACACCUUCCUCUCCUGCCUGCUGCCUGCUGCUUGCUGCCUCCUGCCUCUUGACUCCUGCCUCCAUUCCACCCUCCUCUGUGCUCCCUUUGCUCCCCCCCUUUCCCCUCCUCCCUUCUCUCCCCCCAACCAACUCCCUCAGGGCUACGGGCGCACCAAUCUGCUCUUUUCCCCCGCUUCGGACGGCCUGGUCCCCUUCGCCAUGACUGAUUGCUCCCUCGCCCGCCCCCACGCCUUCUCCCUCCUUGCCCACGUGCGCCAAGCCUUCCUCUCCUGCUUGCUACCCCACCCCUCUCUGGACCUCCCUCUGCCCGCCUUUGAUUGGCUGCCGAGCCUGGAGUACGACCAAGGUUCGGCACAGGCCCGGGUACAAGAGCAGCCGCCGGGCCAAGACCAGAGCUCAGGAUUGGAACGAGAGGGCACCCACGAGCCGCUGCAAGGCGAGGGACGAAUCUCCGGAUUGGAUGGAGCGUCUGCUUCGGAUGCUGCUCAAGAAGGCUCGGCCGAGGCAAGUUCAGGGUCGACUCAAAACUCGGCUCAAGAAGGCUCGGCUGAGGUACAAGAGGUGAUGCAGGAACGAGAUGAGAUUUCCACUUUUGAGAUGUCUCAAAAGUCUUCUGAAGCAGCUCAAGAAGGCUUGGCUGAGACACAAGCGGUGCUGCAGGAUGAAGGGCGAACCUCUGGGGUGGAUGAAGACGCGUCUGGCUCGGAUGCUGCUCAAGAAGGCUCGGCCGAGGCACAAGAGGUGAUGCAGGACCGAGCUGAGGUUUCCACUGCAGGAGCGCCAGGCACCGGUGUGGAUGUUACCAGUGCAGCAGUUACCAGUGCAGCAGUUACCAGUGCAGCAGUUGCGAGUGAAACAGUUAGCACUGUAGCCAUUGCCAGUGCAUCUGCCAUGAGUGUAGAUGUUACAGAUGCAGCAGCGGUUACCAGCGUAGCUGCUACGGGUGUAGGUGUUGCAGAUACAGCAGUUAGUGCAGCUGCUACGGCCGAACCAAUCACAGAGGAGCAGCAAGAGAGCCGAAAAGUUAGUGACAGUCAGCAGGCAAGGGAACAGGCUGUGGAACCCAUUGUUGCAUCUCAGCCGUUCCUCAGGCCCAUCCAACGGUCGAGAUCAUCCUGCCACUCCGCCGCCCUAUACCAGGAGCUACUGGGGCCGCAUUUAGAGUACCUAGUGUGGGUUGUUCGGGGCAAGCUCCUGCCUAAACCGCGUAUGGACCUCUAUCCAGACGCGCCGCACGCGUACCUUCUAACGAAGCGGCUUGUAACGAAUCCUGCGCUGGCAGACACGCAGGCAGGCGAGGAGACAGCAGGAGGGAGCGGGGAUUCGGAUAGGGAUGCGGAUGGGUCGGGGGCAGCAGUGGGUAUGAGUAUAAGUACCGGAAAGAAGGCGCUAAGUGCGAGAGAGAGUCUUAUGAGUGAAGUUUCUGACGCGCUAAGGGAUGUGGAGGAUGGGGAUUUGGGGGAAGCACUGGUCUCGGGCGUUUUCCCGAGCGGCAGGGGAUGUGUUUUCUAA